GGUGCCGUGGAAUCCAUCGCCAUGAAGAACCCCAAAGAGCGGACGGCGUUAUUCGAGGAGAUCAGUCGAUCGGGAGAAUUAGCCCAAGAAUACGACAAACGGAAAAAAGAGAUGGUGAAAGCGGAGGAGGACACGCAAUUUAAUUAUCACCGCAAGAAAAACAUCGCCGCCGAGCGGAAAGAAGCCAAGCAGGAGAAAGAAGAGGCGGAUCGUUACCAGCGCUUGAAAGACGAAGUGGUGCGGGCUCAAGUUCAACUGCAGCUCUUUAAACUUUAUCAUAACGAGGCGGAAAUUGAAAAAUUAAAUAAAGAAUUAGGUUUAAAAAACCGGGAGAUCGAUAAAGAUAAGAAAAGGAUGGAUCGGGUAGAGGACGAGCUGAAGGAUCGCAAGAAGGAAUUGGGGAAGAUGAUGAGAGAACAACAGCAGAUCGAGAAGGAAAUUAAGGAGAAAGAUUCGGAGCUCAACCAGAAACGUCCUCAAUACAUCAAGGCGAAGGAGAACACCUCGCACAAAAUCAAGAAGCUGGAAGCGGCCAAGAAAUCGUUGCAGAACGCGCAGAAGCAGUACAAAAAACGGAAGGGGGACAUGGACGAGCUGGAGAAGGAGAUGCUCUCGGUGGAAAAAGCGCGGCAAGAAUUCGAGGAACGGAUGGAAGAAGAGAGUCAGAGCCAAGGACGCGACUUGACGUUGGAGGAAAACCAGGUGAAGAAAUACCACAGGCUGAAGGAGGAGGCCAGCAAACGUGCCGCCACGCUGGCCCAAGAGCUGGAAAAAUUCAACCGGGAUCAGAAAGCCGACCAGGAUCGAUUAGAUUUGGAGGAAAGGAAGAAGGUGGAGACCGAG